UCAUCGUUAAGUCCACCCCCUCUCUCUCGCUCUCUCUUUCUCUCGAAUACACACCCUAUCAUUGUAGCGUAGUGUUCAAAGUUUCAAACCCUAAUUACACUCCUCUGUUCCCCAAAUCUCCAUCAAUUCGUCCUUACUCAGAUAAUCAGUACUCAGUAGACUUAACGCCAGUCAUGCCAACGGCUAGACAAAGCUUAUCUAUUUAGAAAACGACUCAUCACUUGAGUGUGAAGCAAGUGGGUGUUUGUAUAGGGAAAAGAUGGCGAUAAAUUAUACCCUUGUAAUGACUUGGUUUCUAAUCUUAAUCAUUGUCAGCUGUGCUUCUGCUGAUUCAGAGGUCAAAGAAAUUUCAAACACUGGUUUAGGUUUGACGAAUACACCAGUAUCAAACAAAAAUAAUAAUGUGAGUGAGCAAGCUGGUAUACAGGACUCUGGUUCAGAUUCUAACAAAGUUAACCCAGAAAAGAUGGGUAAAGAUCAAGUGGUUGGUUUGAAAGGUGUUGAAAAUAUUAAUUUCAAUAAGGACAAUCCAAGUAAGCAAUUGGGUUCGAAAGGAGUUCAAACUGGGGAAACAAAUGCAAAUGGUGAUGAUUCUGUAGAGGGUGGUGGCAAGAAAGGGAAGACAGGUGAAGGGUCGAAAACUAGAGACAUGCAUAAAGAAGGGAUAGUACCACCCUUGAGGAAGGAGAGCUUUCGGGUUGAAGACUGUGAUUCGUCUAAAAGUUGCACGGAUGAGAAAAAAGCACUGGUAGCAUGUCUAAGAGUUCAAGGAAAUGAACCUCCAGACCUUUCGUUGUUGAUUCAAAACAAGGGAAAAGGCCCUCUAAGUGUUACGAUUUCUGCUCCUGAUUUUGUCCUUCUAGAGAAAAGGCCAAUCCAACUUCAAGAGAAUGAAAGCAAGGAGGUGGUGCUUCCCACCAGAACUGGGGAAACUGAAAACUUCAUUGUUCUAACCGCGGGAAAUGGUAAUUGCAGUCUUGAUGUCAGGGAUCUGAUUGCGCAGAAUUCCAGGAAAGAAACUGGCUAUCAUUCCAAGACCACAAGCAUCAACAUCUUUAAUGGAACCCUCUCCUUUGGAUUCAUAUGUUUGGCUGCAAUAUUUAUAAUAGCGUCGGUUUGGACUUGCAUUAGCUUCCGGCGCAGGCGUUUUGCAAGAAAUGGCUCUAAAUACCAAAAGUUAGACAUGGAGCAGCUGCCAUUUUCAGGGCAUGGCAAAGUAGAAUUGAACUCAAACGAUGGAUGGGACAACAGUUGGGGGGACGAUUGGGAUGAUGUGGAGGCACCCAAGACACCUUCAAUGCCCAUUACUCCAAGCCUCUCAUCCAAACGUGUUACCUCCAGACGGUCUAACAAGGAAGGUAGGAAAGAUUAGUUAUUUUAUCGCGAUAGAUAAUAUUGAUUACCUUCUGGUGAUGUGUUGGUCCGCUUUGAAAUACACAUUUUUGCUCCAAUCUUUCCCAAUUCAAAUAGAAACAGAAACUUAUACAAAUGCUUUGUAGUUUGUUCUCCAUUUUCAUUUUUAUAUCAAAUGAGGGUCUUAUUAUCUUUUACUUUAGACCCACAUGAUGCUCUUUGGAAAUUCAUUGUUUCUUCAUGUUUUAG